CGGCUUUCCAACGCCGCCGGGCAUGUGGGCGGAGCGAGCUUGUGCCGCCGCCCGGCCUUGUCACUUGGGCUGUAGUCGCCCUCCUUUGCUGCCAGGAGAAGCGCGUUGAGGAGGAGCUGCGGGCGCGAGCCUACGGGAGGGAGCCGCGACCCAAGUGUCCGCUAGCGUGAAUGGAUAUUGAAGCUGCCUGUGGACCCUAGAGGGAUGGUUGGCUAUGACCCAGAUUCCGAGUGUGCAUCUCUUACAACCGUGGACAUAGCAACAGCAGGAUCUGCAUCUGGGUUUGUCACUCGGGCAAUGAUCAGCCCCUUUGACGUCCUAAAGAUUCGUUUUCAGCUUCAGAUAGAGACAUUUUCUGCCAGAAACCCCCAGGCUAAGUAUCAUGGCCUCUGGCAGGCUGUUUGCAAGAUUUUCCAGGAAGAAAGGCUACCAGCUUUUUGGAAGGGCCAUGUCCCUGCUCAGCUCCUCUCAGUUACCUAUGGAGCUGUCCAGUUUGUAAGCUUUGAGUUUCUGACGAAGUUGGUGCACCAGGGCACAUCUUAUGAUGCCAGAGGCUUCACUGUGCAGUUUUUCUGCGGCGGGCUAUCUGCUUGUGCUGCCACCGUGGCGGUUCAGCCCCUGGACACACUGCGUACUCGCUUGGCUGCCCAAGGUGAGCCAAAGAUUUACAGGAACUUCCGCCAUGCUGUAGCAUGUGUGUACCAGCAAGAAGGGCUGUUGAGUUUUUAUAAGGGGCUCAGCCCUACUCUCAUUGCCAUUGUCCCCUAUGCUGGCUUCCAGUUUUCCUUCUAUAGUCUCCUGAAGAAACUGUAUGACUGGAUCGUUCCAAGUGAAGAAAUGAAAACAGGUAAUAUUAAAAACUUUGUCUGCGGCAGCUGUGCUGGCGUCCUCAGCAAAACCCUCACUUAUCCUUUUGACCUGUUCAAGAAAAGACUGCAGGUAGCUGGCUUUGAGCAAGCCCGGGCAGCAUUUGGGCAGGUGCGGACGUACAGUGGCUUAGUGGACUGUGCCCAACAAAUUGCACGGGAUGAAGGAGCCAGAGGAUUCUUCAAGGGCCUCUCGCCAAGCUUGCUGAAGGCUGCGUUUGCAACGGGCUUCACCUUUUUCUGGUAUGAGAUCUUCUGCAGUUUCCUGCGUGCCGUGAAGUACCCCAAUGGCCCCAAAAAGCAGGAAGGCUGAUAUAAGAGCUCCUGUCUGCGGAGACUGAAACAUUAAUCUGUCGGCCACACUGUCAUAUGUGGGGAGCGGGGUGCGGAAUGUGGAUUGUGGGGGGUGUUUGCAGAGUGGCAACGUUUGUCUCUUUGCCAAAGCCCAGAAAGCACCUUACUACUAUGUUUGGCCCAAAUGAAAGGAGAUUGCCUUCUGCAGCUUCUACCAAGGACAUUGUGGGCCUCUCUUUUCUCUCUGGAGCACUUCCUGUCAUGCCUCCCAUGAGCACUUCUUGUCUUGCCUUCUAUGGAACAGGCAUUAACACUGGGAGGAAGCUUACAGAUAUUGCUAUUGGGGCCCUCCCAUCUUAGCUAAGUUCAAUGGGGAAUGUUCUUUACCCACCGGCAAAUCUCCCUCUGCUUUCCCCCCAUCUUCUCAUGACUGGGGCUGCUCUAACUGCUUUGAAUCAAACCCUGACUUGACCUGCUCACAUCCCCCUUAACUCUCCGGCGACACAGUUGCCAGCCCAGCUUCUCCAGCAUUGACAUUUUGUGGUGUUUACCUUAAACCGGAGCUAUAGUAAGCCUUGCUUACAGGCAUUUGCUUGAUGGCGCAGCUGCCUGUUAGACAACGGGCUGCACUGGUGGUUCAGAAUAGGCAGCAGAACUGCCGGGGGGCGGGGUGCUGCUCCAUUAGGACCAAUGAGACUCUGCCCCCACAAACUUCAGCUUAAUCUCAGUGGCAGUGCCUGUCAGCUUCCUCCUCUUUGUAGGGAGGAUAAUAGGGAAUUAACUAGAACUAGCUGGCUCUUCCUCUCAUUGGUUCUGGCUCCACCUGCUGGUCUGUCAGUCCCAAUGGGCACCAGCCAGCACUGGAAGCUGCUGCAGCUUAUCAUCGGUCCUUGUUUGUCCUUGCCUCUUGUGGGUGGUCUUAGAGGGCAUUAUGGUGUUUUAUCAACGACGGAGCAAAUUCUAAAUAAAAAAGCAGUGGGGUCCAAACAAAGGGAGGCCUGCAGAAGAGUGGAUAACCACCUGCUCCCUUCCUGCCUUCUGUGCCAGUUCUAUUGAUGCUUGUGUGUCCCAUAUAAGCACUUUUUUUUAUCACCUGCCCAAAAUUGCUAAUGUGGCCAGUAUAGUUUUGCAAUAGGCCCACAAAAAAGGUGCCAACAUUUUCCUUUUUAUACAGUCUUGACUUCUGCACUCCUACCUUAACGCACACGUACUGAACUGAAAACUGGGGGAAGUUUCUUUCUGAACAUAGCCCAAGUCUUUUAGUUUUGAAUGCUAAUGAAGAAAAUGCCUUGUGAUACUGAUACUUAAUCAAUAUUUUGAUAACUGCUCCAAAAUAAGUUUAUCCCCUGGCAGAUCAUCUCAGGCACAGGUUUCCAGCACAAGUGAAAUAGCUACUUAUCUGCAAUAAACUGACUCCAGUAUAAUAUUUAGCAAACAAAGAGCUAAACUAAACUACCAUUUGUCCAACUGAAUUUGCCCAGUCUUCUAAAUGAAGAAACCUGCAAGGAAAACCAGUCUGCAAACAUGUCUGUGCAAUGCUAUACAUGCAGACUUGGAAGCAGGUCCCUCUAAGUUAAAUUAGACUUAAAUGUGUUUAGGAUUGCAGCCUUCAAAUAUGUCCAGAGUAUUGGGGUGCUGAAGACUGGAUCUAUGUUCUUAAAGGAAAGACUCCAUUUGCUCAUCCAUCUGUAGUUUUAUUGGUCUGCUGGCAGUUGUGCUGUGCUCUUCAUUAAAUAUAGAGUAGCAUUUUGGCAUAUAGAGUAGUUUUAAAGAUCUGUUCCAAUAAACUGGGUGCACUCAUGCCAAUUCUUUUUGCUUGCUGGAGUAGAAGGCAGUUUUCCUAAUUUCAGUGUGGUAAUAAGCUUUAAAAAAAUAGGCACCUUUCUGUAACAAGACACUGUAUCAGAUGGCUAACCUGUACGUCACAACUCUCAUCGCCCCUAAUUAUCAGCUCUGCUGACUGGUAAUGAGGAACAUGCACUACAGCAUGUCUCAGCAGUUUGGGGAACAGAGAGAGAAAUGUCUUUGCAGCCUUACAAAUCAAGGAGCUGUCUGGGCUGGGAUCCAAUGAAAACCACCCAGCUCUUGCAUCAGACAGAGUUCCCACCCUAGGCUCUCCUCCCACAGUGUGGGCGCCACUGUGUGGGCCACACCCGUUCAGCCACACCACUGACUUGGACAGGACAGUGGGUGGAGAUGUACUCAUGUUUCCAUCUGUUGCUACACAAGACAGAUGUGAGACCUCUCAUAUUAAGCAGAUUCUUAUACAAUCUUCAGAGCUAAGGGGUCUUAUUUCAGAGGCCAUGGGAUCAUUUGUGCUGGAUCAGUAAAGCCGUAGCCAUAUCACCCAGGAGCAGAAAAAUCAGAAAUGUUCAUUCUGGUCACUUUCUACUUUUUUGCCUGUUAAGAAAGGAUUCUUCCUCAUACGUGUUUUGGAACAGUCCAUGCUCUGUUUACUGUGUAUUGCUGGAAGAGAAUUUGACUGUACAAACCCUUGAGUUACAUACACCAAGAAUGAAGCUUGUCUGUACUUCCUGAAAUGUUUACACUGGGAAGGGGAACAGCUGCCCGCGCACCCUCCUUUCAAAGAACUGUUUAGCAAGUUGAUUCAGGAUCCUUUAUAACAUUCACUUUGGGCAGAAUGGCAUGUUUGUGGGUCCUGAACAUACAUUGCUAAUGUGUGAAGGUGCAUUUGCAGAGGAGCAUCAGAGGCAGAAGGUAGGAGAUGCCUAACUGGAAAUCAGGCAGGCAGGAAGAGAUAUGGCCUCAUGAGAAUGAAUUGGUCGUGGGAAGCUGAUGCCACCACCAGCACUUACUCACUGGUUGUCACAUGCAAUUGCCCCCACAACCCUGUAUGUUGGCUUAUCAACAUGAAUUCAGCAAUGUAUAGUUUCGCCCUCACUGUGGCAUUGGAUGUAAGUGAAGAAGCCAGCCAAAAUUGCAGUUGUUUUUGCCUUUAGAAGGUGGUAUUUAUUGUAAUGUUAAGGGGAAGUUGCGCGUUCAGGUGCACAGACUCCUGAAUAUGGCAAUAGUAUGCACACCCCCACUUUCUGUGCUCAGGUUGUGCCUGUCACUCUGCAUUAGAGGUUUUCACAACUGACCACAGAGCGCUUUUUCUGUAAUAUCCAAAGUUACUCUCAUUUAUAGUUCUGAUGUGGCAAAAGCAGCCCAGUGUGUAUCUCUAGGGUUUAUGAAUAAGAUGGUUCUACCUUGAAGUAAUCCUGCUGCUCAUUUUCCAAACCUCUUUUGACUAUAUAGGCUAAUUUUAAUCUUGUGCCUUAUCCCACCACCAUGUCAAUAUGCACUUUACAAAGCUAAGCCUUGAAGUCCAGUGGUUCACUGAACGUCAUAGGUAGCAUUAGGAGCUCAGCACUCCCUCCCCCUCAAAUGGGGGGGUAGUUGAAAGUGGUGACAUGAGCACCUGUACUGUUGAGAACUCUACUGAAGUUAUCUAAUGCAUUCAAGGCCCUAUACUGAUUUCUAGUAGAGGAUAUGAUAUUGAGCUGCAAGUCUAGGAUUGUACAUCUCAAGAUGCUUGCAGAAAGCACUUUGUUUGUGUAUACAGAUGCACAAAAAACAAAUGUUUCAGGAUCAAUUAUUGAGGAUUUUUAGAGGUUUUUUUCCAACUCAUGUUGUUGCAUCAAGGCUUAAUUUAUUACAGCAUUUGUAUUCAUAUAUAAGCAUAUAUAUUUUUCAAUGUGGAGGGCUAAGGAUUUGCAUAUGCCUCAGAUUUUCACCCUGUGUGAAAGAUGUACUGCUCUUGGAAGAAAGAUAAUAAAUAUAUUUGACAUAAA